AUGUCUGAGUUGGACAUAUUUUCCCUGAAAGAGUCUGUUUUAGUGUAUUUAGACAGAAGUGGAGGUCUUAAGAAACUCUCCGAAGACUGUAAACAAUAUAACGACCAGCAACAAGAAGGGGCAGUGUACAGAUUUUGUAUUUGUGUAAAUCCUUCCGAUGUAAUUGAGGUGGAUGCAGAACUGGGUGACUUUGUCCUGCAUGAGCCUUUAACAGCAACUAAACUGUUUCAGUCUGUUUGCUACCUUGCAAUUAAGACACUGAUGUUGUUGGACAAAAUACAAACUGAAAACCAGAUAAAUAUUAUUCUCAGACUUACUCAUCUACCUCCCUUCCCCGAGUAUACAUUGGAUCUUUGUACUUUUCCCCGUGGAAAUGUCCUUUUAAAGCCAGUUUUUGUGGAGGGCCUUGUCAUUGCAUUGACCAGGGUUACCAAGUAUACCCAAGGGGCCCGCUUCCUUUGCAUGAAUGAAGCCUGCACCUGCUCCACUGGAUAUCACCACAUACGAGUUCAUGCUCCCGGGGCUACAGAGUCAGCCACAGUUAGGAAUGAUUUCAGUUGCAAUGUGUGCCAUUCCCAAAUGAAAGAGGAUCUGAAACUCCGAGUCUUGGGAGAUAAACAGCUAGUGAAGUUGGUUCCUUGUAAAGCACUUGAUCUCUUCAGGGGACAUCAGCAAACCCCACUGAGAUACCAAUCAGUCACCCUCUUUCUCAGAGAUGAGCUGUGUAACUCAAUGGGAAUUGGCCAAACAUACAAAGUGCUAGGCAUUCCUGCGCAUGUGCAUCAGUGGCCUCACAUCACCUGGAGCAUCGAGGCAAACAACAUCCAGGCGUGGGAGCCUGAGUGUUCACCUAAAGUGAGUGCUACGUUCCUGGAGUUACACAAGACCACGGCCUGCUCACCUUGGAGAUUUUCUGCCAUUGCAGCUCACUGCUUUGGGUUAGAGAUAACUCCACCAGGCCUGUACAACUCCUUAAAACUCUGUCUGUUGCUCAGCUUAGUGCAAACGACAUCUGACUUAAAGGAAAUGUUCCACAGCCUGGACAUCCUUGUUUGCACCAAUGACUUUCUAAUAUUAGAUAGACUCAUGACAUACAGCUUGGGGUUGGCUCGGAGAGGGGUCAGACAUCAGUCUUCAGGAGAAAUGUUUGCAUCUUUAUCCCGUGAUGAACAUGGAGCAGGCACAGCCGACAUCCACGCCGGCUCUGCUCUGCUUGCCACAGGGGGCAUCUGCAUGUUGGGAGAACUAAGCUGCUACAAAAAGGAUAAACUGGAGGCCGUUCAAACUGUCUUGGAGGGUCGGACUGUGUCUGUAUUCAUACCCGGUAAGAAGUAUGGAGAGGAUGCAGACCAACAGCUUUCCUUUCCUCUGAGGUGCAGCUUUUGGGCUCUGAUUGACACAGCAGACCCUUCUCGUCGAUCGAACAGGACGGACUGUGCUGUGCUUGGAACAGCAGAUCUAGGGUCAGUACAAAUCAAACUGGCAGAUGCAUUUGGCCUGGUCAUUCAAUGCAGAGAUAAUGUUGGAGAGCAGGGCCUUUGUCACACUGCUCACACCCUUCAACAGGCUGUACAACCUGCAGCAAGUCUUUAUUCCUCCUGCAUGACUUUUUCCACCCAGGACUACCAAGAGCUUGUUGCUCAGGCUCAGAUGUUGCAAGUUGAGCUAAGCCCUGGAGCAGAGAAGAUUAUUCAUGGAUAUUACAUGGCAAGCCGCAGAGUACGGACACAAUCUCAGGGCGUUAAAAUGUCUGUGGCUUCCAUCAGACUACUGAUUUCCUUAGCAGAAGCCCACUGUAAGCUGUCUCUCAGAACUCAAGUACUAGAGGAAGAUGCUGUCAUCGCUGUGCUCCUGUGUGAAAACUCUGUCAUUUUAAAACAUGGGGCUUCUCCACUGGUUCUUCCCCCGGACGCAGUGUUUCCCUGUGAUGUGGCUGAUCUUGACAGUUUGCACAAGAGAGACUUGAUCUUGGAUGAGCUGCACCAGAACAUACUGCGGUUCAUCUAUGCGUACGCUCCGGGGGCCAACUCGUACAUCACCGAAGAGUAA